AUAAAGGCUAAGGAAAGAGAAGAGAAACGAUGGCCACUCUGCCGCUGUUGCUACUACUCCAAGUCUCUCUCGCGGCCUCCUCUCUCUCGCUGCUGCAGCAGCGCCACCCGGAACCAGCUUCCAUUCUCUUCAUCCCUCCCGCCAACGGCACCUCUCCAUCCUCCUCCGCCGCCGCCACCAUCCCCGCCUUCCCCGAGCAGUCUGACGUCUCGGGGGGCGCCUGCCCGCUCGACCCCCCGGCCGACCUCCUCCCUUCUGUCUCCGCCGCUUGCUCCGCCUCCGUCAGCGGAGGCGGCGGACCCCCCUCCCGAUCCAGCUGCUGCCCCGCCCUCCAUGCCUGGCUCCUCGCCGCCUACUCCGCCACCGCCCUUGCCUCCCGCCCCCUGCCCUCGUCCCUCCCCGACUUCCCCGCGCUCCCGGACGACUCGGAGUCCUGCAUCGGCGGCGUGGAGCGCGCCCUGCGCCACCGCGGGGUCGAGCUUCCGCGCGUCAACGCCACGUGCGACGCCGCGUACUGCUUCUGCGGCAUCCGCCUCCGCCGCCUCGCCUGCGCCGGGGCGUUCGUGGCCGACGCCGGCGAGGGACGGUGGGUUCCGACGAAGGACGCCCGGAGGAGGCUGGAGAAGGACUGCUCCCGUCCUGGGUUCGGCGGGUGCACUCGCUGCCUCCGGACCCUCAACCAGCUGAAGGUCAAAGAGAAGCAAAUUUCGAGCAGAUCAAACAAGGACGGGUACGCCGGCAGUCAUGGAAGGGAAUGCCAAUUGAUGGGACUGACUUGGCUCCUGUCAAAGAACAGGACGCUUUUCUGGCCGGCCGCCACUUCAGUCCUCCAUUCCAUCACGGCGGCCGCAGGCCCCGACCCAAACACUUGCUCCCUCACGGUCGAUGACAUCCCAAUCGCAGUCGGCUCCGACCAGAUCAACAGCGAUCAUGGCGGUGGACCCAUUGCGGUCCGACCAGCGUCCCUGUUCCUUCGGCUUUCGCCACUACUCCUGUUUGCACUCAUCCGUGCCUAGUUAGACAUCUAGCCUUCAACUGUUCAUAGUUACUUAGCAAGAGGAGUCGUUGAGCAGUUCGUUGAUGUGCUUCCGAAUUUCCAAGCUGUUAUGAUUCCAUUGGUCCCAUUGUAUUUAUGAAAUUUGUUGCUAAUGUGUUUGUCACAGUGACACAAGGGAAUUUGAACUUAGAGGACUAUUGCUACUA